AUGACAUGGGACGGCGCCUACGACCUGAGUCUUCGUUACUGUGUAGAUCCGCACCUCCCAGUCACCAGAUACGACAUCUUUCCCCUUGAUCUGAUCAGCAAGACUGAUGGAGGUCGGAAUAUCAGCUUUGCAGAGAUGGCCCAAGUAAACGAUACUGACUGGAAAAGGCCAAUUAAUCCGAACAUCUUCCUUCUGUAUCCGCAGGGCUUUGCUCUGCGUGAGGUCAUUCAGAAAUACAAGGAGACCGGACUGGUUCCUGAGGUCAGUACAGAUUCACUGUCAAAUUGGCCUCCUCAACGUCCAUUCGGCGUGUCCCCUUGAAAUCGGAACCUGAUGGGAAGCUUCUUCUUUCCUGACAUCAGCAUUGAGGGGCUUUAGUGUUCUUCCGGUCAUGAUCUUGACCCUGAAUCGACCAUAGUGGUCGUUCUGGCGAAAGAGACUUUCGUCAACCAUAAGCUCUCUCUCGCAAUGUUAUCGGCUAUGCAGAUUCUUCUCACCCUUUCUGUCAAACAGUGAAAUACAUUAUGUUUCAAAUUCAGCAGUAGGAAACUCCCAAAUUGGUGCAAUGCCCAGACUGCCUCUUCUUAGGAUAAACGCUAUGUCGAAUACUGCCGUCAGGCCUUCUACGAAGAAGUACGUAGAUUAAGGGAAACGAUCGGGGCUGUUCUUCUUCCAACGUAAAUUUGAUUGAAUGAGGGCUCUGAGAGAGAGAGAGAGAGAUUCCGUAAGGCACAACGGAACGAGUGAUUUCCGUAAGAACGAUCGGUUGGCGCCCCCUACCAUUCUAUGUUACUGAUCGAAACCGACAGGGAAACGUGCUUGUGACCCAGUGGUUAGAGGCGUGGACCUCUAACUAGCAGGUCGCGAGUUCGAGCCUCGGGUGUUCCAAACUUCGGGGUUUCGGUAUGACUGGCUGAAGACGGCUAAUAAGCCAGAAAUGGCCAUUCCAGUCUCCCUUGUCUUUGUCGGUAAUACCAUUCUGCCUAUAUCAUGCGCCGCUGUGUUGCUGCGGUUUGGGCUCAAGUGAGAUCAUCAAGAACCACAGGGAGACUGACUUUGUUCCUGAGGUGGGUAAAAUUGAUGCAUCAAGUGCAGUCUCUGGUACUGUUCGGAAAAUAAGGUAAAAUAUGAAGGCGAAUGUUGCAAAGUCCUCCCCGUCGAGUUACUUUUGCUGGCACACGGCACCGGACUGAUUUUCUGAAAAAAAGAAGAUUGCGUAAGCAGCAGAACAGUUCGUUUAUCAUUCUAAGCCAGCUCAUUUCUUGCAUGAGCGAUCCGAGCAUACGCCCAGUCUGGCCUGUGCAGUUGCAAGGGCAGUUUUGGCAUGGGAUGCCUCAAACUACUCCAGAUUGCUCAUGGGGGUUUAACCGGACUUUUUUCAGGAAAUUGCUGUACAUGAUGGCUUUGGGUCGGUUAGCCAUUCCAACACAUAGUCCCGCUUUUGGCGGCAGCGUACAGAGCCCUGCGCAGCUACCCCCAGUCUUGCGCCAUCGACUGACGUUCGACUAGCACCCCCACUGUCGUCGCUCCUUCUGUUUUUAAAACUAUCUCUGACGCUGGACUUCUGCGGGAGUUCGAAACCUCAGAACAAUAAACAGAUUUGAAGCAUUUUGUCCCCGUACGAAGCUGAAGUAGGCAAGAACGGCAAGAUUUAUUGGUACCAAAAAAUUUCGCGACUGCUCUUCAGCUGCUUCCUGUCGCUUCAUAAGAGAGAUAACGAGUGAGAACAAUACAACAGAUUUGAAUUCGUGCAGAAAAUCGAUGCAGAAACUGCAAGGUUAGGGUUUUGGGCAAAGUUGGCUAAUCGAUAAAGUUAGUAACACAAACGCCGUAGGGGAAGAAAGUGAAAAAGGGGAAAUGUUAAAGAGCAAAAAAUGAGAGGGGAGAGGGGGAAUCAUGGAGCUAGAGGCUACCAUGGCAAUGUAAGGUUAACCACGUGCUCCAAUUGUUUACAAAGAUCUGGUUUCACUCUUCGUAUAUAGGCUGCCUCCAGGUAACGCAAUGUCCGAGUUGUUCGUGCCCGAACAAGUACUCGGAAGGAAGUUUUGGGGUCGACGGUGUGACCAGUAUCAAGUAGGUGUUUCGUAAUGGAUGAAUGCGGGAUCUUAUUUUCUUGUCUUAGGAGCCACUUGGGCAAGUGCUCAAUGGACCUGGCUGCCAACUGCCUUUGCGUUCGCCCAAUGUACUUGCAUCCGCAAGUGCAUGUGAAUUCAUAAACACAAUUUGACGUGGCGUGCAUUGGCAGGGCAUCCUUUGCCCGUGGAAUCGGAAGUGGCUUAGUAGGACUGCAGAAUACUAGUUCGGCUGCAUUGUAUAUCUUUUCAAUAGCAGAACGUAGCCGUCGUUUGAUAGUAUUUAAAAUAUUGUCGCCCUUAAAGGGCAAAGAUCUAAAGACGGGCUUUUUGGAGCUGAAUAUCUGUUAGUUUUGGCCGUGUACAGUUGCUGUAUUUGUGGAUGAACCGUGCGGGAUAUCCACGCUUAGUAGAGCUUCUUUGAGACGUGCAAAUUCUGCAUCAAGUGUGUCAUUGGAGCAAAUUUUUCUAGCCCUUUGGAAAAGAGAGUAUACCAAGUUACGUUUCCAUUGGAUAGGUACAAAACUCAAAAAAUGCAAGUAAUGUCCCUUCCAAGUAUUCUUAUGGAAGACAGAACGUCUUACAGAACCAUCUUCCUUUCUAAACAUAAGAACAUCCAGAAAGGAUAGCUGGUUGUCUUGCCCGGCAAGUCUUUUUCCUUUCCUACAUUGAGUGACCGAUCUCAUGAAAUGUUGGCUGAAAUUCUGCAAUGCGUUUUCGAUUAGGAAAGAUUACUUGGUAGCGGUUGUAAUACUGAUUAUCUUAAGGCAUACUCUCAUACCGCUUCGGACUCGGCAGGAUGUCGGCUUUUAAAUGCAUUUCUUUUCAAUCUCUUGUAGAAAGCGUACUCUGUAAAAAACGAUUUCUUAAUUAGGAUGCAUUUUUCCCAUUGAUUUUCGAUGGUCUUGGAAAUACAAAUAUAUUUUAUAGAAACCACAAACAAAAAUGUGCUUUCUUUUAGUUAAUCAAUAGAGAAUCACGUCUUCUUUAUAUUUUAUACUUAAGAAAGGAGUAUAAUUAGGUUUUAAAAAAGUUUCUAAUUAUGAGACUUUUUAAGACCGCGAAAUGUCAAUUCACACAUCUUCGUACCUGGCCGUUUACCAAUGCUCCUCGUGAAAAGUACAACAUGGUCCGCAUCCAUUGCAAAAUUUUAUGGACAACAUUUCAUGAGAUAGGUCACGCACUGUAUUUUAUGGAAAAUAUGCAUAUAAAUAUGCUUUCUAGUACUCCGUUGAUAGAAAAUCACUCUUUAUCUAUAUGUUCUUUCGGUCUUAAAGAAGUUUCUAAUUAUGAGAUUUUUAAGCUCGUGCGAUGUCUAUGCAUACAGUGUCGCACAUCUUCAUUUGCCAUUGCUCCUCAUUAAGUGUACAACAUAGCCCACAUCAACUGCAAACUCUCAUGAAAACUGUAUGAUAUCUCCUUAAAGACGUAGAGGAAUAUAUGAUUUUCCUUGCACAGAAAGCAUACACCUUGUAGACUGACAUCGCUAAACGCUAAAACAACGGCUAAUGAGACUCGAAGGGUGGGGUUUGUAACCCUGUGACGCGGCCGAACACCCGCAACACCAUCACACUCUCUGGUCCACAACGUACGCAGGAAUAAAAGAGGCUGGCUCGGCUUUUAACGCACCUUGGUAUUCUUAAGCGCCUCAGAUUAUUUGUAGUGAGGGAUUAUGCGCUGAGGGGGUCGAUCUCACCCUCCCAGACACCAGUUCACCGUCAGAACAGUUCGGCUGUCUGACCUGGGAUUAGGUGCAGUGGACGACAAGGCUAGAGAGUCCGUCUACGCGCGCCCCACGCACGACCCGGUCCCCAUACGCACACACACAAGGGGGACAGACCGCUCAGACGUCACACACACACACACACACACACACACACACACACACACACAACGGGGAAGUCACCUGGAGAAAUGAGUCAAAUGGCACACUCCUCACCUACGUGAGGGGUGCCGGUGAUGUGAAUGAUUUUGGAAGGAUGUACGCGUGCUGCAUGUAUUGACGGGGGAAUAUGUGUGGACCAGGGGGAUGUGGAAUGGAACGUCAAAGUGCGGGCUCGGCUCCACCAUCCGCCUGUGCCCUGCCCCACCUCCGGUCUUCCUGACUCUGUCUUGAAACCGAGUCCAGGGUGGGAAUGGAGAGGAAAGAGUGCAGUAAAUGCUGUGCACGUCUGCGUGAAUGCCGCCCAUGUUCUCACCUUGCAGUAGAGCAAAUAUAAACUAUGUGCUAUGCACGACAUUUGCAAAGAUUCUCAAUCCCAAGCACCUUUAUUUUCAAUGCUUACUCUUAGUAUCUCUGUGCUGAACCGCAUAAAAUAUGCUUGGAAAUUACUUCCUGCAAACCGAGCGAGCAUAUUAGAAAGGGACAGUAGAGAGUAUUUAAAGGAUUACCGAAAACAUAUCAUGCGCGGCAGUCAACGUAACAACACUAAACGGAUGGCAGUUUCCAGAAUGAAUAUACUGAGUGACCGACCUCAUGAAAUGUCGACUGAAAUUCUGAAAAACGUUUUCAAUUAUGAAAGAUUACUUAGGUGGUGUUUUAAUACUGAUUAGUAUGCAGCAUACUCCUAUAGCAUUUCGGAGUCCGUAGGAGGUCAGCUUUUGAAUGCACUUCUUUUAGACCUCCUGCAGAAACCAAACUUGGCAAAAAAUUAAUAGUUAAAUAGCACACGUUUUUGCAUAGAUUUUCGAUGUUCUCACGAAUGCAAAUACAUUUUAUAGAGGAUAUUCAUAAAAAUAAGCUUUCUUAUACUUGUUUAGUAGAAAACCGCACUUUCUUUAUAUUUCAUACCCUACGAAUGCCAACCCUUCAGUCUUAAAGAAGUUUCUAAUUAUUGGAUUUUUAAGCUCGUGCGAUGUCCAUGCAUACAGCGUCGCACAUCUUCAUUUGCAAAUGCCCCUUAUUAAGUGUACAACAUAGUCCACAUCAACUGCAAAAUUUCAUGAACUCGAUAUGAUAUCUCUUUAAAGACGUAGAGGAAUAUAUGAUUUUUCUUGCGCAGAAAGCAUGCACCUUGAAGACCGACAUCGCUAAACGCUAAUACAACGACUGGAGAGACUCGAAAUCAUUCCGGAAUCAAAAAACUUCUUUAGAUCCGAAAGGUAACCUUUCCCAGGGUAUACAAUGUAAAGGCAAUGUGAUUUUCUACCAAACAAGUAUAAGAAAGCACGCUUUGUGUAUGUUUCCUAUUAAAUAUAUUUGAAUUUAUAGGACCAUCGAAAAUCAAUGCGAAAGCAGCCGCUUUUUGGUCUGUGUAGAGGGUUGAAAUAAGUGCAUUCAAAAGCCGACAUUCUGGCGAGUCCGAACUCUCAUAGGAUUACGCCGCACUAUAAAGAGUAUUACAACCCCACCUUAAUUAAUCAUUCCUCAUCGAAAUUUCAGAAUUGCGGCUAGCAUUUCAAGAGAUCGGUCAUACACUGAAUGAGCGUAAUUUUCACCUUUAAAGAAACAGUCAGAAAGCGGCCAUCCAGUGAUGCCAAAUAAGCCAAUAAUUGCAAUUCAAUCGGCAUAGCCCGCCUUUUCACGUCUAAGAGCGAUAGGCAGGGCUUCCUACUAUCGCACAGAUGUGAAAUCUGCAGUGACCUUUCGAAAAUGACGUUUUUUUGAAAUUCCGUUCGCGCUAUCUCUAUUGCAAGUAGGCGAAAGCACUCUUCUAGUGACUUUUAGUACUUCUAGCGUCUAUGGAUGAUGAGUGGAGAAAUCUCACGAAAAUUAUUCAAGGGAGAAGAGAUUGAUCGAGCAUGGGAAUCACUCCCCAACACGCACCAACUGACAGACAACGCCCUGUAUCCCGACAGUAUUGCCUGCUAUCUCAUUGACAUCGGGAUCAUACAUCACUUCAUUUGGUAAAAAUAGUCCAACAGUUGCUCCAGCAAGUAUUGCUUUUGUAGGCAGAAUAGUAUUACCGACAAAGACAAGGGAAGCUCGAAUGGACAUUUCUGACUUACUAGCGGGCGUCAGCCAGCAAUAGCCACGCCCGAUGUGUUGAACACCUGAGGUUCGAUUCCGCGACCUGUUGGCUGGAAGUCCAACGUCCUCUAACAACUGAUCCACGGGCUCGUUGUCCUGCCAUCUGCGAUCGGGUGCAUUAGCAAUGACAGAGGAGAGCACACCGAUCGCGUUAUGGAAUUCACUUCUCACAUUAUGCUUUAGGGAUCUCUCUUGAGCUCGCCAACAGCCGCACAGCUGCCGGCUACCCCUAACGAAUCCACAGGACACCUAUUUAUCUCUGCUUUCAUAAUGCAUCCGAAUCCUAAAGGCCUCCUUCUUGUACGCUUACAGCCUCCAAUCAACAGUCCCACCAUACGGUUACUCAGAGUGAGCACUUCCGUUUGUCCACCAAAAGGAAUAAACACUGCUGACCUCAAGCACAACCAUGACCUCGUCGUCAUUGUGAAAUCAGCCGUCUACAACUUCGAGGACAGACAAAACUUUCGCAGACUCUACGCCCGCCUGAGGAACGGAAGCAGCUUAGAACUACCAUAUCGUAUAGGAAUUGUGUUUGCAAUGGGCCUGCCUACAAGCGCAAGCAGCAAUUCAUUCCAACGCGAUGGUUUCAACGUCUCACUGCCCGGUCGCGCCGGCAACUCGCUCGUAAACAUUGGAAACCGCCGCGCCCAGAUUCGAAGUCGCCUAGAGCAGGAGAUGCGUGAACACGAUGAUCUCAUCGUGGGCGACUUCGAGGACACCUACUACAAUCUGUCUCUGAAGAUGCAUCACAGCUUCGUGUGGGCAGCCAGGUUCUGUCGCGAACGUCGUGCCUUCAUGUUCCUCGACGAUGACUUUGGUUUCAAUGAGAAGCGCCUCCAGGCCGUUCUGGCCACUCUACCGGUGGAUUGGCGGCGCAAUGUUUCCAUUUCGAGUACUCGCUGGAACAGUCCCACAGUGCGUCCCACGGCCACUCCGGCCGUCCGAAAAUGGGCACUGUCGAAACGGGAGGUUCCGUGGCCAGUGCAUGCACCCUACAGCAACGGUUACUUCUACAUGCUCGGUUACGAUCACGUGGCGGAUCUGGCUUUGGCCAUGUCCUUCACCAAGAGCAUUCCCAUUGACGAUGUCUGGUUGGGUCUGGUGAUGCAUAGGAUUGGUCUCCAGUUCAACUUACCAAAUGGGAUCACUAGCUCCAUGAAGCAUCAAGCCAAUGUCGGCGGGUAUAUCGUUUUACCCCUUAAUUCUGUCCUCACUGCAUCUACGCAAAAGCAACUGUAG